AAAAAAAAAAAAAAAAAAAAAAAACCAUUCCUCAACUCUUUUUGGCACCUAAAUUAACAUCCUUAUCCCAUUUUUCCCGCGCAAGGCCAGCGAUUUCUUCGGCAAAUAAUUAACCGCUAUGCUUUCUUCAACUGUUCCUUCCCUCCCUUUGUAUUAACGCUCGCUCAGGAUGAGUUUUAGUGCCGAAAGCUCAUAAAACUCCCGUACGGUGGUACAAGUACCCUCUUAUUUACCUACUCUUCUCCACCUAACCCUUCACUUAAAGUUAUAAACCCCAUUUUUCCAUAUCUCUCUCUCCAAUUCUCCAAUGGCAGAAGCAAUUCACAACCUGGCGUUGAUCCUGAAGAACCACCCGCAACCACAAAACGACGCCGAAUUCCUUCUCGUCAAACAGACGCGCCCGCCCAAGUUCAACGACGAGGAGUACGAUUCCUACGUGGAUUCUGAUCUCUGGGACUUGCCCUCCACGCAAUUAAACCUUCUUCACGGAAAUUCUGAGUCUCCGAUCGUCGUCGAAGGCGCCCAAUCCAUCAAUUUGACCAACUUCGAUCUCCAUUCUGCUCUCACAAAGGUAUUGGAACAAGUGGGGUUUGAGGUAACUGAUGGUGGAGAAUGGAAGUUCUGGAAGUAUGUGGAGGAAGCUGAGUUUGGACCAGGGCUGCCAGUUCAUACUGUUUUCAUUAUGGGAAAAUUGCUGGCAGGGGAUCGAAAUUUACAAGCAGAGCGGUGCAAGUGGAUGUCAGUCCAAAGCUGUCUAAGCUGGCUUCUGGAAGUGAAACCAAGCAGUGAUCGUGUGGGGCCUCUGACAGUUGUUGGUCUUGUAAAUGACUCAAUUCAACCUGCAGAUCAGAAAGUCCCAUCCAUCUUACGGCAUCAGGAGUAUCCUCCCGGUGUUAAACUUGUACCAAUUGGAAGUAAGACAGCAAAGCCUUUCCGUACAACAAACUUGAUCAUAUUUGCACCUGAAAAUGUUUCAAAUGAAAGUGAGAACAAUAGUUUUGUUGCAUGUGGGGAUGCAUUGAUAGUGGAUCCAGGAUGUAGGUCUGAAUUCCAUGAAGAGCUCCAAAAAAUAGUUGCUGCUUUGCCACGGAAGUUAGUUGUCUUUGUUACCCAUCAUCAUCGGGAUCAUGUGGAUGGCCUUUCAAUUGUCCAAAAGUGCAACCCCAAUGCUACUUUAUUAGUGCAUGAAAAUACAAUGCGGCGCAUUGGAAAAGGUGACUGGUCUCUUGGCUAUACCUCAGUUUCUGGAGCAGAAGACAUUUGCAUUGGCGGUCAGCGAUUAAGGGUCAUUUUUGCACCGGGUCAUACUGAUGGCCACAUGGCACUGCUUCAUAUGAGUACUCACUCAUUGAUUGUCGGUGAUCAUUGUGUUGGUCAAGGAAGUGCCAUCUUGGACAUUACUUCUGGUGGAAAUAUGACUCAAUACUUCCAAACAACUUACAAAUUCAUGGAGCUUUCCCCACACACUUUGAUUCCCAUGCAUGGGAGAGUUAACCUGUGGCCAAAGCACAUGCUUUGUGGAUAUCUCAAAAACCGCAGAAGUAGAGAAACGUCCAUCUUGAAAGCUAUAGAAAAUGGAGCUGAAACUUUGUUUGACAUAGUUGCAGAAGUAUACUCUGAAUUUGAUCGUAGUGUAUGGAUUCCUGCUGCAUCAAAUGUGAGGCUUCAUGUGGAGCAUCUGGCUGAGCAAGAUAAGCUACCAAAGGGCUUCUCUUUAGAAACUUUUAGUUGCAGUUUGGCUGCAUUUGCUGACAAGGUGGGUAAAUUUGAAACCAAGUGAGGAAAGCUUCUUUGGCCACUUGUUAGGCAUUUUCGAUUCAGAAGUUCCAGAAAACUUGUGGGCUGUAUUUCCUUGCCCGAUGGAUUUGGGCAUACCUCAGUAAGGGUCUCCAGUUAAAUUAUCAGAAGCUAUGGACAUCUAAAUUAUUUGUAUUUGGUGCAGUGGCUAGCUUUGCUGUUCUGUACUCAGUUAAUAAGUUCAGUGCUAAAUAAGACCCCCAUAAGGGCAUAAAAUCUGGAAUUCGGUUUCAGAUGUAAUCUAAGUAUAUAUCAGUAAUUACUAAUUAGUCUAUUCAUAUUGUAUUGUAGAGGAUUUUCCAGAAGUUAGUGGAACAGGGUCUAAAUGGUUGGUUUAUACUUGAUAUGAUGCUAUGGUAAAGGUCAUUGGUGUUUACAAGUUUA